AUGGAAAGGGCUGUCCGGGAUGAUAUCGAAGUGAUUGGCGCGAAUUAUCCAGUGCCGCCAUCCAAGAUGUUCAUCGCCCAGACCCUCCAAACUAUUCAGAUAGUGCUCUUUGCACUCAUUUUCAUUGGGGAGACGAUCUUUGCCUCAGUGAAGCUGCCAACACCAGCAGUCGUCCAAGUAUUGAGCGGGAACAAAGCGGCGAGCUUUAUGCGUAUUAUUCAUACUUUUUGAUUUUGUUUUUGUCUUUUCAUCAUGGUUCUUUCGGUGUUCUUGCUGCCUGUAUUUUUCAGUUUACGGUGGGUCGGCGUACUUGUAAAAACAGGACGCGCUACUUCAUAUUACGCCCACUUCAAAACAGUUAUCUGGCUUUUUGGGAACGUGGUUGCGUCAGCGUUCUUACAGACAGGAGCCUUUGAGAUUUACUAUCAAAACAAGCUCGCGUGGUCUGCAUUAGCGCAGAAGCAACACCGACUCCCCACUUAUUACGACAUAAUGAACGGAUGUAAGCAAGUGGGGCUAGAGCUUAUGCAAAGCCAAGCGAGGCCAUAAGUCGAGGUGGAGGAAGCCUGCAGCAAAGGAAGGAACACCAAUCUAAUGAAAAUGAAUUAAGUUGUACACGACGACAGGGACAGUAACAGUAACAGGAACUGUAAUUUAUGUUGUAGUCUUUGAAAUUGAGUUACCUUCUGCUAGAAUUACCCUCGUCUCGUCCCCUUUCCCUUUACGGCGAUGUUGUUCCCGACGCGACAUCUUGCAUUCUCCUACGUCGAGGACGUUGCCCAACGAUGGAUGUAUCAGUUGGACUUGUAAGGGAAAUUGUGAUCAUCUUCUUAUCAUCUUUGUUUGUGGACAGAUUUCUUCCAUUAAUAUGAUCCUCCGUGACGUCAUGUCUAUCAACUUUGCGCUUUGACAGUGCAAGAAAGAUGGGUAUGAUUGAUUUAUUUUCUACUUCGUGUGAUAUCGAUAUGAAGAUUUUUUAGGGCCACCAGUAGCAGGUCGUGCCAGCAAAACGAAGACACGAGCAGGAUGAAAUGCAAGAAGAACAAGGACACUACAACAGCUGUCAGGAAUUAUCUGAAACGAUAACGAACUAUUAUUUUCAUUUCAAAGAGGAACUCAAUGUCAAUCUCAACGGGAAUAGCAUGUUGAUGUCUGUAGUUGAU